AUGUGGCCCCCUAACACUACCUCUAACACUACCCCUCAACUAACACUAAAUAUUAAGUCCCCACAGAUGCAGGAUGUGGCCCCCUCUAACACUACCCCUCAACUAACACUAAAUAUUAAGUCCCCACAGAUGCAGGAUGUGGCCCCCUCUAACACUACCCCUCAACUAACACUAAAUAUUAAGUCCCCACAGAUGCAGGAUGUGGCCCCCUCAACUAACACUACCCCUCAACUAACACUAAAUAUUAAGUCCCCACAGAUGCAGGAUGUGGCCCCCUCAACUAACACUACCCCUCAACUAACACUAAAUAUUAAGUCCCCACAGAUGCAGGAUGUGGCCCCCUCAACUAACACUACCCCUCAACUAACACUAAAUAUUAAGUCCCCACAGAUGCAGGAUGUGGCCCCCUCAACUAACACUACCCCUCAACUAACACUAAAUAUUAAGUCCCCACAGAUGCAGGAUGUGGCCCCCUCAACUAACACUACCCCUCAACUAACACUAAAUAUUAAGUCCCCACAGAUGCAGGAUGUGGCCCCCUCAACUAACACUACCCCUCAACUAACACUAAAUAUUAAGUCCCCACAGAUGCAGGAUGUGGCCCCCUCAACUAACACUACCCCUCAACUAACACUAAAUAUUAAGUCCCCACAGAUGCAGGAUGUGGCCCCCUCAACUAACACUAAAUACUAA